CAUUGCACUUGUUUUGCUUUGUGUUUAAACGGAGAAAGCACAAGUUUUGUGUCCAUGCAAUUUUCUGAGGAGCGGCGAUUGAGUCUACACGGUUCUCAUGUUACAGUUAAGUUCACAGCGCCGCUCGGCAGAGCUUCAUUAUUCACUGUUAGUUGUAGGUGAAGGUUCCUGCUUAGAGAAAUGGCUGAAACUGCUCCAGCUCCCGCUGCAUCUCCAGCGAAAGCUCCCAAGAAGAAAGCGGCGUCCAAGCCCAAGAAAGCGGGCCCCAAUGUCCGCGACCUCAUCGUCAAGACUGUGACCGCAUCCAAGGAGAGGAACGGCGUGUCUCUCGCAGCCCUGAAGAAGGCUCUCUCUGCCGGCGGAUAUGAUGUGGAGAAAAACAACUCCCGCGUCAAGAUCGCCGUCAAGGCAUUGGUGACCAACGGCACUCUGGCCCAGACCAAAGGCACAGGCGCCUCCGGUUCAUUCAAGCUCAACAAGAAGCAAGCCGAGCCCAAGAAGGCAGCCAAGAAAACGGCCGCGAAAGCCAAGAAGCCCGCUGCCAAGAAACCCGCCGCUAAGAAAUCUCCUAAGAAGGUGAAGAAACCGGCGGCCACAUCGGUGAAGAAGGCGACAAAGAGCCCCAAGAAAGCCAAGAAGCCAGCGGCUGCCAAGAAGGCGACCAAGAGCCCCAAGGCAAAGAAACCAGCAGCUGCCAAGAAAGCAGCCAAGAGCCCCAAGAAGGUGAAGGCAGUCAAGCCCAAAACGGCUAAACCCAAGGCGGCGAAGCCUAAAAAGGCGGCUCCCAAGAAGAAGUAAUCGACACUAAGCUCGAUUCAUCCAAAAACUAAACGGCUCUUCUAAGAGCCACCAACUGGUUCAAACGAAAGAGCUUUAUUUCGGUGGUUACUGUUUAUUUUUUA